AUGCUCACCAGUCGCACUCUGGCCGAUAGCACCGACCUGAAGUUGCUGUACUGGAUGAAUAGCAGCGAUCCCAUUCUGCGCUACCUCAAUUUCCCCUCCUUCAAGGCUAGUCGACUACCCAUCGUCACUGUGAGACCAUCUGCCGAGACCGCGGUGUACAAGCCCGCAAAGGCUGCUGAGACCAAGGUCGAGGAGUCCGAGGCCACUGCGAAGGAAGUUGCUGAGGAGGACAUCACCUCUUACUCCACCGCCGAGAUCCAUUAG